AGUCACAGAAGAUCCUCGGGGGUCGUAUUGGAAUUUUAUCUUUUUAUCACAUUUAUUUUGCAAAUUUAAUGAAUUAAAGUUAUCUGUGUGAACUAUGUCCUGGUUAUUUGGGUAUAGCACGAAGCCUCCGCAGCCGCCAACCGAUGACCCGUCGAGUAAUAACGGGGGUGCAGCGGCACCCCCAGUUAACCUCACAAAAGCAGAAAGGAAAGCAAUGGAAGCUUAUCGGUUUGACUCCAGCGCUCUUGAAAGAGCUGCGCAGGCCGCUAAAGAGUUGGAGCAGUCCAGACAUGCCAAAGAUGCAUUGGAACUCAGCAAACUUCAAGAAGCCACGCGGCAACAAGAGCAGAUGGCCAAGAUCAAGGAAUACGAGGCCGCCAUAGAACAGUCCAAGGUGGAACAGAAAAAAGUUGACUAUGAAGAAAGAAGAAAGACCUUACAGGAAGAAACAAAGCAACACCAAAUGCGGGCACAAUAUCAAGACCAAUUAGCAAAGAAGCGUUACGAGGAGCAGCUAGUCCAACAACAGCGGUCACAAGAUGAGAUUUUGAAGAAACAAGAAGAAAGUGUUGCAAAGCAAGAAGCAUUACGACGCGCUACAAUAGAACAUGAAAUGGAGCUCCGUGAGAAAAACAAACUUAAGGCUAUUGAAGCUGAAGCGAGAGCUAGGGCUAAGGCUGAUCGUGAAAAUCGUGACAUCAAUCUUGAGCAAAUCAGAUUGAAGGCUGCUGAAAACCGUACUACUAUUUUAGAGAGUAUAAAGACAGCAGGCAGUGUCAUAGGCACCGGGUUAAAUGCAUUAGUGACAGAUUGGGACAAGACAUUGGCAGCAGCUGGAGGCCUGUCACUUGUAGCGCUCGGAGUUUACACGGCCAAAGGAGCUACCUCAGUCACUGCAAGAUUCAUUGAAGCCCGAAUUGGUAAACCAAGUCUCGUAAAUGAAACAUCGAGAUUCUCUAUACUGGAAGCGGUGAAGCAUCCCAUCCUGACGGUGUCGAAGGCCGUAGCGAACUUCCGCAAGCCGUCGGACGCGCUGGCCGGCGUGGUGCUGGCGCCGACCCUGGAGCGGCGGCUGCGCGACAUCGCCAUCGCCACCAAGAACACGCGCAUGAAUAAGGGCUUCUACAGGAACCUUCUCAUGUACGGGCCGCCUGGUACCGGCAAAACCUUGUUCUCUAAGAAACUCGCGAAGCACUCGGGCAUGGAGUACGCAAUCCUGACGGGGGGCGACGUGGCGCCCAUGGGCAAGGACGCCGUCGCCGCCAUACACAAAGUGUUCGACUGGGCCAACACCAGCAAGAAAGGUGUACUUCUAUUCAUCGACGAAGCGGACGCAUUCCUUAGAAAACGUUCCUCCGAAAGGAUCAGUGAGGAUCUGCGGGCGGCCUUGAACGCGUUUCUGUACCGCACGUCAGACCAGAGCAACCGCAUCAUGCUGGUGCUGGCGUCCAACACGCCGCAGCAGUUCGACUCCGCCAUCAACGACCGUCUGGAUAAGAUGAUCGAGUUCGGGCUGCCGGGCCUCGAGGAACGCGAACGUUUGAUCCGACUGUACUUUGACAAGUUUGUGCUUCAGCCUGCUUCUGAAGGAAAGAGACGCCUGAGCGUGGACCAGUUCGACUACGGCGAGCUGUGCAGCCUGCUGGCGGCGCGCACGGCCGGCAUGUCCGGGCGCGCGCUGUCCAAGCUCGGCGUGGCGUGGCAGGCCGCCGCCUACGCCUCCGACGACGGCCGCCUCACCCGCGAGAUGUGCAUCGAAAUUUGCGAUGACGCUGUAAAGGAUCACCGGCAGAAAAUGGAAUGGCUGUCUUCAGAGGAGAAGUCCCGCAGCAUGAUGCCGUAUUUGCUGGACCUCCCUCCGCUGGACACGGAGGCGCAGAGUGCUGACAGAGCCACGGUCACCGAGAUCCAAGACACUGCUGAAGCUGCCGUCGCAAGAUCCAAAGCGUCUUCCAAAAAAAGGGUAACAAUCAAAGAGGACGAGAACGAGAAGUGACACAGUCUAGUUCCGAGUAGCGAACUAGAGAGGCCAAUAGAACUUCCAAAAGUAAACAUCAGCAAAACACAAGUGAACUGUGAUAAUAAGCACAAACAGAAGUUUGAAUUUAAAAUUUCCAGAAACAUUAAAUUCAUAGCGUUGUCGGACAGUGAUAUGGAAAAGCUCUGCUGGUUAUCACGAAGGAUGAAAGAGCCUGUUUAGUGGAAUUAGGAUUAACUGUGUCGACGUCUCAUCAAUACUUCCCUAUUAUAUAACCCUUUUUACAUUGGAAAACUCGUUCGAAGGAUUACUUACUUUACUGCGUAAAAAAUCGAAUGUAACGUAACAUUAUUAUGCGUGGUGGGGCAUAAUAUCGCCUAGGGGUGGUAUUCCACCUGUCCAAUAUUUUUGUCUCACAUUCUGCUGAAUGAGAGAGUGAGACGCAAUGACAUUGGACAGAUUUAAUACCGCCCUAAGGCCUUUGAUUGUGGUAUAAAAUCCGAUAUUUAUUCCCUUGUUUUGAAUACCUUAUUCCAUUAUUAUUGUGCGUGGUCCCAGACUAGUUUGGUGAUGCGUCGUUACAACAGGGCUUUAAAUUACAUUAUAUAUAAGUCUGCCGGAUCGGUUAGCUAGGGGGCGUUGUGUGUUGCCAUUAGUCAGUAUGAAACCUGUAUUUUGUAAAUGGUAUCAAUGGAGACAUACACUUUUAUGAUCGAAUAUUUUUUUAUUAAAAUCAUUAAAUGUCAUUAAUGCUAUACAUACAUUCAACAUUAUAAUAAUUGCAAAACAUGCUUCGUAAGCCUCCAUGUAGCAUUAUCAUAACAUGUUCCUAAACCAUUAUAGUAGGCUAAUGCAUGUAGCAUAUAAUAAUGCACAAUCUCAAUGACUUAACGGUUAACUGGUUUAACUGUAAUAACAUUUUAUUUGAUACCGUAUGCCUUCGUUAUAGAUGCGUCUUUAUUUCACGCAAGAUCGCAAGUGUCGAACUGCCUACUGCAAUGUUAAAAACUUUAAUAACAGUUUAUUUACCGAGCAAAAUGGUCUGCAUUUAUACUCUUGUUGAUUUGAUAUUGUAAUAUGUUUGUUAGAUGUAUGUUGGACUUAAAUUGUACCAGUUAUAUGCCAAUCAAUCAUAAAAGUAAAAGGUAGUAUGUACUUGGUGGGAAGCGCGAGGCAAAAAGUAAAUAUAUUUUAACCUUUAGUGGAAUAUGUUCAACUAAAUGUUAAAAUAUAUUUAAAGGGGGCGCCAUAAGCCUUCAGUAAGAAGUGCAUAUACUUGUGAAAAUUCGACCUAUGCCGCUGUGGCCCGGUGGCCGAAUGGCACAAGCACCUGCCGCGAUAGCAGAGGACACUGGUUCGAUUCCAGCCUGGGACACUGGAGGCCUUGGUCAGUUUUUCUUAGUAUAUGACAUUUAUUUCAGUGAAUAUGUUCACUCUGACAUACAGUACAAAUUGUAUAUUAACACUAGCUUGAUACAAAAUUUAAAGCAGCAAUACAUUUGUGAGCACACUGUUCAGCGCAUAUUAGUCUAAAUGUAGGGCUUUGUUUACUGUUGUGAUUAGUAUCUAUCACAAAUAGCAUUUUAUUAGAAAGUUGUUAACCUACACCAUUGUUUUAUUUAAAUAUUGCCUUUAACAUGGUCCUCGUAGAAUGGAGUGGUAUCUAGAAUUAGAUAAAAUGUACAUGAUGUUUGGAGGAAGCCAUUUUUAAUGCAAUCACCAUGAUAUCGUUUAUAUUAUGCAAUUUAUGAAUUAAUCUAACUUUCGCUUUUAUAGUUCUAAAUCUUCUCAUUAUAUAUUUAAAAAUUUUAAGUAUAUAAAAAAAAAAUCCCAACUUGCAUUAUGUCCACAAAGAGUGGCAAAGUAAUCUGAUACAAACUUUGAAUUAUUUUUUUAUGUUGACUUGUAGAAAUGACUUUCAAGUGAUUAUUUUAAAUGAUACAUAUUUAAUGUCGUUCAUUUGAAUUUGAUUUGUUGUGUACAGGAAUAUUUUACUCGCAUUGGUAUAGUGAACAUUUUUGGAUUUUGCUCGGGGGCGAAGUUUGUUUAACACUUGUGCCUUUAAACCCUCACAACGCUCAAGAUUCCCCGCUCGUAGUUUUGGCAUCUUUCGCUUGCCUGGGCAUCAAUAUUAGCACGAGGGGUUAAACAGCUUAAUUGCCCCCUUGUAAAACAAAUAACUACCUACAAACAGCUAUUAUAACGCUAGUUUUCUGUGUCUAAUUCUGGAUAUAAAACUAAGAGACAGUUUAGAGGUUUUAUUUUGAAAAAAGAACCGUAUACAAAUAAGUUUCUAAGCAUUUUUGGUUCCCUUUCUGCCUAUCGGACUUUAAAUUCUUGUAUUUAUAUUCCAGAUGCUAAAAUGACGGUUCAGUUGUCCCGAUUUGUCCGACCGUUGUAUAACAAUAUUGAGUAUUAAAUCGGCUAUCGAACUGACAAUUUAAUAUCUGGGAUGUAAAAACUCCUAAAGACCGCUAUGGGGGGCGGACCUGAGAGGGCUAGACAAAUUGGACUGCUGUAAAUUAAAGGCUUAUAUUUAUUAAAGGUAUAGGUGUUGAUUCGUAUGAAUAUCAAUAUACCUACAGCUCACUAUAAAAUAAAUAAACGCGCUACCGCUACUCUCAUUAGUUAGUAGCAAUUUGGAAUGUUGUAAAUAUUUAAUAUGGAUAUUAAUCAAGUCUUUGUCACUUUUAGCAACACCUUUUGCGAAUAGGUACCAGUCGGUCUGGCAUGAGUUGCGUUCUCGCGCGCGACUCCAUACAUCUAGCGCGACUUUAACUACCUACUUAUGGGAACGCAACUUAUGCUAGUCCGCCAGAUAUCAGUCGUCUAUCUCAAUAGCUCUCGAAUAUAAAUACAAACUGUUACCUACCGCCAACUUCGAUACUUGAUAUUCUUAUAGAAUAUUCGCAAUAGACAUAUCCAUGCCCGAAGUGCAGUUUUCUAUAGCACAAACUAUGUCGGAGCAAAGCCACGGACGGGCAGAUGGAUAGACAGUCGGACAUGGCGAAAAUAGGCCUAGCUGACUACGAAAUCCUAAAAAUAGGAAAGGGUGGUAUUCCACCAGUACAAUGUGUAUUAUGUCUCAGGUUUUGCUUAAUGAGAGAGUGAGACGCAAUGACAUUUGACAGAUGGAAUACCACCCAAAGCAAUAGUUUAAAGUUUAAGCACAUAUACAUUUCCAAAUGAAACAGUGGAUACAUUAUACAAGAUAGAUGCUGGUGGCUGGUGGUGGGGUUUUUUAUUAUCAAGGCGGCGACCAAACAUUAUCAAAGCAAAUAUUGCAAAGCCAUAGUACCUAGGUAUGAUGUAUCCCUAGCUAAACGCAACGUAAAUUCAGUCGAAAAAUUAAAAUAACACGAGUAAGUAGACGUUAAAUAUCCUCAAAUGGGGAAACUUGGGACUUGAGGGAAAUACUGCGCGAAUAGCCUUGCUAUGUUUUAGGGUUCCGUACCCAAAGGGUAAAACGGGACCCUAUUACUAAGAAUCCGCUAUCCGUCCGUCCGUCUGUCACCAGGCUGUAUCUCGUGAUCUGUGAUAGCUAGACAGUUGAAAUUUUCGCAGAUGAUGUAUUUCUGUUGCCGCUAUAACAACAAAUACUAAAAACAGAAUAAAAUAAAGAUUUAAGUGGAGCUCCCAUACAACAAACGUGAUUUUUGACCGAAGCUAGGCAACGUCGGGCGGGGUCAGUACUUGGAUGGGUGACCUUUUUUAUAGAUAAUGGUACGGAACCCUUCGUGUGCGAGUCCGACUCGCACUUGGCCGGUUUUUUUUACCUAGGUAACAUUAUUUCAUAGUGUGAAAGAAUUGCUGUCUUGUGUUACCACUCUUAUCCCAAGUUGUCCAUUUGACGGUAGGUAGAUAGGUACACUAGGUACUGCUGUAUACAUAUAUUAUACUCGGGGAAUGAGCGACGACAGUAUAGUAUAGCAUUGAGAUUGAGAGAAGUGCCUGAAUUACUAAACACAGCUACUCGUACAACUGAUGACAAGAUGGAUGUGGAUGCAAGGACUGGAUUACAUUACAGUAAACCCUUGUAUAUACCUAUGUAUAGUACCUAGUAGAGAUAAACUCAGGUGACUUUACGAGCUAAGACCCUAACCUGUUAAGCAUGGGCAUUCCAUCACUUAAUGCAGUGCAGGCUAGGCUUUCUUCCUGAGUGAGAAUAGAAAAAAACUCAUUUAACAAGUGAGUCGGUACAUUCGCAGUAUCUAUGUAAAUGGUUUAAAAUUUAUACAACAGCUGGAAAAUGACUUGACCAAGCGGUCGUGUUUUAAUCAUUGCAUAGCUUAAAUAAGAUGGUACAACUACACACUUCCAAUUAUGAUCAAAUACAUUGACUGUUAAACAUUAAUGUUUAUUUGCAAUCUUUCAUAUUACAAAAACCUUAUGUAAUGUAUAUGCUAAUAAUAAUGAUUCAUAUAACAAUUUUCAAACAUAUAUUUAAAAAACACGCGGAUUUACUGAGUAGUUAGAUGUUUACGUAAAUAUAUCACUCAUAACGAUACUAUAUACUUAAUUGUAAUUGUAACAAAAAAUUCUAUAGCUUAUAAGUAUUUUAUUUAUUUAAUUUGUUCGAUCUUUUUGAUAUAAGUAUAUAAAUUCUUGAUUUUACAUUUACCACCUUCUUGAUAAAAUAGAUAAUAGACAUUAGAAUCAUUUGGUGUCAUCACAUCCUUACAACCAGGUUUAAUGCAUUGUAAAUGCUAACUCGCAUUGCUCAUUUCAUUUAGUUUAAAAAAUAAAA